UCCUCACUUAACCGAAUGGCGCGCGGCGAGUGGUUGUGCCAACUUGUGUUUCGUCCGUUCCGUGUCGUGUUUCUCGCGUCCUCGAGUACUUUGCAAUAAUACUUUUCCUUCGAGACAUGAAUGGAUUCAGUGCUGCGUUAACAGACAAGCCUUAAGAACGCGUGUACAAAGGCUAUAUUCAAAGAAAAUGUGUUAUCAAUAACGUGUGACUACUUUUUGUGUAUAGUGUUCGAAAAAAGUUAAGUAAACAACCGGAUAUCAACAAGAUGGGUUCAAAAAUCGAGUACGUGGAUUCAUCACAUUUAUACGCGACCAACUAUGUCCGCAAUUCGAAAGCUAUCGGUGUGCUUUGGGCGAUAUUCACGAUUUGCUACGCGAUUAUAAGCGUUGUGGCUUUUGUGACCCCCGAGUGGAUUGGUGAUUUAGAGACUGAAUAUCCGAGAAAGUUUGGUUUGUGGCAGACAUGCAGAGCAGACGAGGCUCUGGAGGACUGUAAAGGAAGACUCGAUGACUUCCUAUCAAUAAAUGGUCUCGUGUUCAAGAUUGCGACUGUGUUAGUAGGCAUAGCGGUCGCCCUGGCCCUGUUUACGAUCUGUGCAAUGUUGUUAUUCUUCUUUUGUCAAUCGACGACGGUGUUUCACAUCUGUGGUUGGCUGCAGCUGUUGUCUGCGCUGAGCAUGGUAGCCGGUGUAGCAGUGUACCCGGCAGGUUGGGGCGAGACCGCUGUGCAGGAGACAUGUGGACCCACCGCCGACCAGUAUAAUAUAGGUCGAUGUCACAUUCGCUGGGCGUACCUGCUGGCAGUGAUCGGGUGCCUGGACGGCAUCGUGCUGUCUGCCCUGGCGUUCAUCCUGGCGACCAGGCACGUGCGGCUGCAGCCAGACAGCGGGUACCCGCCACCUUCGCUGUACAAAGGUGAGGUGAACAACGGGUACGUGACUGACGCGACAUCUGUCUCCGGCUCAAGGAAGUCGUUGGCGCUACAACCAGUUCUAAUAAUGCACCCCCACGCCACCAUGGACAUGGAUACCUACUCACACUACUCCGGCAGAACUGCAAGAUCGAAACACGGCAUCUAUGCUAACACUAUGCAUAAUUAUCAACUUUAAAUUCUGUUACAAAGCAAUCGUAUCUCGCUUCAAUCUGUGGCGCAGAUACUCACUAAAAAGUACCACUACUCGCCGCAAGAUGGCGUUAUUUUUAAAUUAUUUCUAAAAUACAAAUUUUAGAUUUAAGGAUUUUAUUGUGUAAGAUAAUUGUGUAGAAGUGUAAAUAUCUUUAAUGAUUUUGUACUUAAAUAUAUUUUUGUAUGAUCUGUACAAUAGUUAAGUGUUCCCGUCCGGUAGUAGUGACGUAACUGCCUUAGUUUUCUAAUAAACAAACGUUUAUCAUAAUUAGAUUGUUAUAGGUAAACUGUUGUACCUCGAGACAUCAACGAAUUUACAACGACUUAUGAAUAUGUGCCUUGUAGAAAGCGAAAAGUACUUAAUGUUGUUAUUAUUUUGGUAAUUAAAUAAUUUCUUAGA